UCCAGUGGAUACAAGAACAACGCAAAGGAAAGUAUGAAACUGUUGGCCUUAGCUCUAUUCGCGGUCCUUCUUUUGUCCGGAAUCAGCUCCAGUCGAGCAGAUGACGUAGCUACGGAACAGUUGCUGGGUUUGCAAAGCAGUUUGAACCAAAUUUUCGUAGAAACCAGUGAACAACUUGAAGCUAUCUCUGCACAACUCUAUCAACUAACACAAACCUUGAACAGCCUGGAUGAAUCUGCUAGAAGUGAUACGCGAUCCUUACGGACCAUCGAAAGCAAUAGCGAUCUUCUGGUUCGGCAUGUUACAGAACUUACAACACAAACAGAUCACAUUGUUUUGAAUCAGCAAUACUGCGCUAACCAUGAGGCUUUGAAGAAUAUGUUUUUCGAGCUGCAGCCAAAAUGCGUUCCUCAUGGUGGUCAGCCUCCGUCCCUUGAGUUACCGACGAAUCAUCUCUACUAUUCCUGCAAGGAAGCCCCAAAACGCUCCGGAGUGUACAGAUUCGAAUACAACAAUAGCUGGCCAAUAGAUGGAACCACGACUACUCCUGCUUAUCCUUCUACUACGGAAUACUAUACCACUGCGUUCGAGGAUAACCGUCCAUUUAAUGCCUUCUGUGAGCAGAGCGAAUUUGGCGGCGGCUGGAUGGUCAUUCAGAAAAGGCAAGACGGAUCCGUCAAUUUCAAUCGAAGCAUUAGUGACUAUCGGAACGGAUUCGGAAAUGUCAGAGGAGAAUAUUGGCUCGGUUUGGAAAAGCUCAACCAGUUGACUCGGCGUAGCAAUUAUCAACUUUUAAUUUUGAUGGAGGAUUUCUAUAACCAAAAGUACCAUGCGUGGUACAACUAUUUCAAAGUUGACAGUAAAGCGGCUGGGUAUCGAUUAAGAAUUGGAAGUUUUUUGCAAGGUACCGGAGAUGCCCUCUCAGUUUACAACAAUGAAGUUUUUGUGACAUACGACAUGUCUCUUAGUUACGCCUAUUGUGCUAGGCAACGGGGAGGUGGAUUCUGGCACUAUGGUUGCUAUACAGAUACUAACAGGAAUAACUUGAAUGGUAUUUAUGGAUAUCGCAAUGAUGAAGAACAGGGGAUCUGGUGGGGUGGGCUUCCAAAAAUUCUCACCAGUCUAAAAAAAGUUCAAAUGCUGAUCAAACCAACCUCCUGAGUGCUCCAUGGUAAAUCGUGAAACGAUUGAAAGAUAGGCUAGCAAAAACAAACAAUGGUAAUUUCCGGCAAUGGAAAAAAAUAUUAAUCGUAUACUAUAGA